UUUUCUUGCACCCAAAGAUCCGGUACUUCCCCCCCCCAAAAAAAAAAUCCAACAUGGGGGAGAAACCAGAAGAAUCCAAGCUUCCAGAGGAGCUGUUCAAUGGUUUAAACAUCACUGAUGCCCAAGAAGCAGGUGCUUCCUGUUCUUUGAUGUCGAAUUCGGAAGACGGGCAUCUUCAGAAAAAGCUGCUGAAGGAUGAUCAGCCUCCUCCCAAAGAGGACCAGGCAGAGGAGGAGCACUUUCAUGACUGUAGUGAUUCAUUUGAGGAAAGGAAGCUGCCCGAAGAGGAUGAAUCAGAGGACAAAUUAGAUGACAAGGUGACACCCCCAGAACCAGAUGAAGAAUCCUUGCUGGAUCUGGAGAAAAACAUGCCGGAGGAUGAGAAACAGAAAAGAAAAAAAGAGAGCGCCAGACUAAAGGAAGAGGGAAAUGAACAGUUUAAGAAAGGAGAAUAUACAGAAGCUGAAAGUUCCUACAGCAGAGCUCUCCAGACUUGCCCGGCUUGCUACCGCCCAGACAGGUCUAUACUCUUUUCAAAUAGAGCUGCAGCGAGGAUGAAGCAGGACAAAAAAGAUGCUGCCUUGAUUGACUGCAGUAAAGCCAUUGAAUUAAAUCCCAACUACAUCAGAGCAAUACUGAGGAGAGCGGAGCUGUAUGAGAAAACUGAGAAGCUAGAUGAGGCCUUGGAAGACUACAAAUCCAUCUUAGAAAAAGAUCCUUCGGUGCAUCCAGCAAGAGAGGCUUGCAUGAGAUUGCCCAGACAAAUUGAAGAACGGAAUGAACGAUUAAAGGAGGAGAUGUUAGGUAAACUAAAAGAUCUUGGGAACUUGGUUCUCCGACCCUUUGGACUGUCCACUGAGAAUUUCCAGGUCAAACAGGAUUCUUCCACCGGCUCCUACUCCAUCAAUUUUGUUCAAAAUCCAAACAAUAACAACAGAUAACAUGAGUGAUUAAAGCCUAGUCUGGAAAUGGUGUGCCUGCUGCUACCAAGGAAGAGGCUCUGUCGAUGUUUAAUUUGUGAAAAAGGCAUCUUAUCUAAAGGAAAAAUUCUUCAGGGAGUCCAGUGCUUCUGUUAUCAGGGUGAUAGAAUUACUUUUGUGAUCAGCCCCAUUUUGAUUUCCCUCUUAUAUUGGUAACUGGGGAUACCUUGUGGGGGAGAGGGGUUGGUUGGAGAGGCUCUUCUAAUCCUUUGUUGUCUUUCGUGAGGAAGUCCGCGGGGCAGGGCUGGUCAUUCUCAGCAGCACAAGCCCCAAACCUCCCACGGCAAGUCCACUGGUAUUCAAAGCCCCGUGAAAUCUCGUCUGAAUUUAGCGAAGCCACUGUGGAAAGGGCUGUGUCUCCAUGCAACCCAGAAUGAGAUUGGCUUUCGCAUCCUGGCUCCUUCCUCCCUCCCCACUCCACUCCCUUCCCACAACCAUACACUGCCAAACUAGUAGUUGUAAUAAAGGCUUUCUGUGACUUGCGUGGGCUAGGUUGGACGUUUUUUGUUCUGUGUGUCCACUGAAGUUGAGGCAGGCUCUCCACCAAUCUUGUGAGUGGCAUUGUUUUUCGUCGGGUCUCUCCUAAGUGAACUCAUCACCCAUCUGCUAAGAAUUAUAAUCUUCCUAUAUAGGUGUUCAGAAAAAGGCAAUUUCUCAUUGUCCCUGUGCCUGAGUUCUGAAUUCAAGAAGCAAAUGUUGAAAAUAGAAGCUACAAAAUACGCUGCCUUGGUUAUAUAUUUGUGUUGCCUUUGUGUUUCACCAAAUACUCUCUAAGUAUUGCUGUGGUAGCUCUGGAGGACUCAAAAAAAAUAAUUAAGUAGCUUUAUGUUAACAGAUAAUGAGAUGUGACCGAGCACAAUUCUCAAUGCCUUUAGACUGCACUAAGCCUAUAAGGGGAGGCUUAAACAGCUCCUUUAGAGUUGAGUGUUUGUGUAAUGUGUAUGUUGAAGUGGUAAAGCAUGUCGCUGACAUCUGCAACGUCUAACUUGUUUUGGUUUUUAUCUGGAGUUUAAUGUUGCAGAACUAAUUGUCUUAUUAACUCCAUCGUAGAAAUUAAUUUUAUGUAUGGUGGAUGAUAAACUUGUGUUAAACUAUGCAGAAUAUGUGUGUACAAAUAAUAAGACUGAAUAUGCAAUAAGAGUACUUGUAGGAUGGUGUUCAUCA